UGUCGAUAUGGAUAUCGAAUUCGAUAUGCAGCAGGGCGAUUCGAAAACCGGCAGUAAAGUGAGUGGACAUACGUCGAACGUUACGCUGGAUGGAAUUCUUUCAAAAUUACGACUGAGGAUAAACGAUCGUGACGAGGCGUUGAACGGUCGUGAGGCAGAACUGGAUAAGGUGGAGAAGAAUCUGAAAGAGAAUCGAGAAACAAUGGUGAAACUGAAGAGUGACGAGCCGAGACUGAACGAGCUGUUCACGAUGUAUCAAGAGAUCAGAGCGUUCUCGAGAGACUUGAUGGAGUGUCUCUCGGAGAAAGUCGACGAAAUCAAGCAGUUGGAAACACGAAUGUAUUCGAUAAGAUCGCAACGAUCAAACAAACUCAAAAAACGUUUUCGUCAAGACGUUCACAACGUAUACGAUGAAUGUUCUGCGUCCGCUAACGGCAAACUGAUAAACUCGAUUCGAAAUCAGGCAGUUAUGCAACGUGCUUCUGAACGAGAG